CUCCUCACAUCUGGUCCCAAGGUUACGGGCUUACGGCCAAGCCAAACUCAUCCUUUUUAAGCUUCUUUUAACGUCGACCGUAGGAGAAACAAAACCCUACGCGCUCAGUCUUCUGAACCCAAAGGCCUACUGGUUCUCAACCACCGAUUUACAUUUUGCGUACCUCUAUAUAACAAUCGCUAUUCGCAAACCGUCUAUUUCCCUUGUCUGAGGCCGGAGUAGCAGCGUUUACCAUGGCAAUGUCAUCGUCACCGACUGCUUCGGAGUCCGCGGCGGCGGACGGGCCUGUGCUGAGUCUGAUGAGCAAGCGUCUUCGAGCUCUGCGCAAGAAAUACAACCGAAUCCUUCAUAUGGAAGCCAGCAUCGCACAAGGAAAAACCCUAAAUAAGGAGCAGGAAGAAGUUCUUCGCUCCAAGCCUGGUGUCAUUGCCCUCAUUGACGAGUACGAGAAGCUACGGUCGCCACUUGCCGCCGCCGUGCAGGAGGAGAUUGCCCGCGCUGCUUUUUCCUUCUCGUCAGAUAACCACAGACAUACGCCGGAAGCGGCAGAUGAGUCUUCUUUGUUGGCCGAUUCAUCUAUGAAGGACUUGCUAGCGCUGCUUUAUUUUGGAUGCCUUUUCGAUGUAAAGCCCCAGAGUGAUUUCGCUUCGACCAUGCUGACUAGGACUCACGAACGUGGAUGCUGCCUAACAUAUGAUUAUGUCACUGAUGAUGCUACGGAGCUGCUUGGGGAGAAAGACCUUGACAUGAUCUCUGCCCUGGCCGGACUAGUUACAUCCAGGCCUCUUUAUUCUGGGAUCUCUCACAGGAGCGCAUUACAGGGCUGCCUUCAGCACGCCAAACUCUGGUUACAGGGAGCCCAUCAACCCAUUGUUGUGGGAUCCUCUGUUACCUAUGAUUCCCUGAGGGUGAAGCUGAACAAGAUUCUUGAUUCGGAUUACUAUACUACAACACCGGAGAUGAAAGCUCCAGUUGAUGUUGCUGCUGCCGUUGGCAAGUACAAUGCUGCAUGUCAGGUGCAAGUUUCAGAGGCCAAUGAGGAGCCUGCACGAGAUGCACCCAGUGAUGAUGUGCUGAUACAUUAUCAUCAACAGGAGGAUCAGCAGGAAGAUAACCAUGACAGAGAAGUCACUCCCGAUCUACCUAGCCCUGGGCAUGAUCUUCAAAGGGUAGAAUCUAUAGUAUAUCCUAAAGAGGAAGAUGAAUCAGUUCCCACCGGUGGAGAAAUUAAAGCUAAGCAGAACGAGCAGCUAACAGCAGAAGCAGAUACGGCGGAGCAUAAACAGAGAGACUAUGAGUCCAAUGAUCCGCAAUAUGUUCCUCGAAGGCUACAUCAAAACCAGAGAGGCGGCGGUGGCGGACGGCGCGGAGGCGGUCGGAAUCAGAGAGGUCACUUCAACUCCAGCAAUGCACGCGGUCGCCAUGGUUGGGGCGGAAAUGGUGGCUACGAGAACGGGCGAAACCAGUACUAUGAUCAUGGUGGCUACGAGAACGGGCGAAACCAGUACUAUGAUCAUGGUUAUCAUCCAAGAAACUACUAUAACCCCCGGCUCGGAAGGGGUGGGAGAGGUGGAGGUUCUGCCAUGUACAACUAUCAUGGAGCUUCAGGUACUCAUGGCCAUGGUCCUUCAAAUGUUGAACUGGGUGCAAGUGCUUAGCUGGGAAAAAAAAUCUAUCGCUCUAACUUCUACAUUAUAUAUUAUUUAGAAAUAUAGUUAUAUAUUAGUCCUCUUUAGGUUGUUUUUGCCUUCCCAUCCAGUCUUAAGAAAGUAAGAUUUUUGUAAAUGUUGCAUCGAAUUUUCUAUGUUUUGGGUGCUGGAUUCAGAUGGAAUUUUGAAUGGGAAUUGAAUGAGUUGGUGGGACUUACACUUUCUGGCUGAUCUUUGCUGUUUGGGUCUUGCUGUUGCUGCUUAAUUUGGUGGUAAUAUUAAUAUGGCUGACCGUUUUGGUGA